AAUAUAGCGAAGAGAGCAAACUACUUUCUGACAUUGAAAAGUACAAGAACAAUUGUUUCCGAGAUUUGAGCAAGCAAGCGUUUGGCAUAUUAAUCUUUUCAUUUAAGGGUGCCAUCAAAAAUUUUUGCUCUAAAAAGGAGUCCAAACGCCUGGAUGAGUUAAUAGCGGCCACACCAUGUAUUAAUAAAUACAACACAAAUGUCGUCGGCAAAUGUUACGAAACUAUCCUUGAUGAAUUAUUGGGAGCCAAAAAUGGACCCGAAAAUAAACGGAUACCUUAUAUGUGCUGCCGGUAAAUGCGAGCCCAAACAAAUCGAGACUUCCGUUUGGUUUUUCAAAUUGUUGUUCGGCGACGUUAUUAACCUAUUGUGCACUGACUAUACCGAGGAGUCCGAUAAGUGCAGUAAACUAGGAGUGACACCAAAACGAUUAAAAUCGCAGAGACGUACUAGAUCAUUCGCGUUGCCAGUGUUGUCGGUAUUGGAAUCGUUUAAAGAGAUUUGAGCUAGCUAAUUGAGUCUAAAAAUUAUAUUAAAGUUAUCACAUUAAAUAAAUAGCGCCAAUUUGUUUAUUAAUAAAAUUAUAAAGUUGAUUUUGUUAUUUUAAUGAUUUCAUAGCAAUUCAAUAGCUAAAAUUUAAAAAUAU